GAGUGCACAGCGGGCGGCGGUGGCCGGGGAGGCCCGGGAGGCCGCGGUGCGGUCACUGCUAGCCGAGCCGAGCCGCGCCGAUCGCCCUCCGGCCCCGGCUCCCGCGCGCGAUCCCGGCCGGCGGCGCGGCCCGGCGGGCCCGGCAGCGCCGCAGCCCAUGGAGCUCGAGAACAUCGUAGCGAACACGGUGCUUCUCAAGGCCCGGGAAGGUGGUGGCGGGAAUCGCAAAGGUAAAAGCAAGAAAUGGCGACAGAUGCUGCAGUUCCCCCAUAUCAGCCAGUGUGAAGAGCUGAGGCUCAGCCUUGAGCGUGACUACCAUAGCUUGUGUGAGCGGCAGCCUAUUGGGCGCCUACUGUUCCGAGAGUUCUGUGCAACGAGGCCUGAGCUUAUGCGCUGCAUUGCCUUCCUGGAUGGGGUGGCCGAGUAUGAAGUGACCCCUGAUGAGAAGCGGAAGGCGUGUGGGCGGCGGCUAAUGCAGAAUUUUCUGAGCCACACGGGUCCUGACCUUAUCCCUGAGGUCCCCUGGCAACUGGUGACUAACUGCACCCAGCAGCUGGAGCAGGGGCCCUGCAAAGACCUCUUCCAGGAGCUCACCCGGCUGACCCAUGAGUACCUGAGCAUGGCCCCUUUUGCCGACUACCUCGACAGCAUCUACUUCAACCGUUUCCUGCAGUGGAAGUGGCUGGAAAGGCAGCCCGUGACCAAAAAUACCUUCAGGCAGUACCGAGUUCUGGGCAAAGGUGGCUUUGGAGAGGUGUGUGCCUGCCAGGUGCGGGCAACAGGCAAAAUGUACGCUUGCAAGAAGCUGGAGAAGAAGCGGAUUAAGAAGCGGAAAGGGGAGGCCAUGGCACUCAAUGAGAAGCAGAUCCUGGAGAAAGUGAACAGUAGGUUUGUAGUGAGCUUGGCCUAUGCCUAUGAGACCAAGGAUGCGCUGUGCCUGGUACUGACGCUGAUGAACGGAGGUGACCUUAAGUUCCACAUUUACCACAUGGGCCAGGCUGGCUUUCCUGAGGCACGGGCCAUCUUCUACGCCGCAGAGAUCUGCUGUGGCCUGGAGGACCUGCACCGGGAGCGCAUCGUGUACAGGGACCUGAAGCCAGAGAACAUCCUGUUGGAUGACCACGGUCACAUCCGCAUCUCUGACUUGGGGUUGGCUGUGCAUGUGCCUGAGGGCCAGACCAUCAAAGGCCGCGUGGGCACCGUGGGCUACAUGGCUCCAGAGGUGGUGAAGAAUGAACGGUACAUGUUCAGUCCAGACUGGUGGGCACUAGGCUGCCUCCUGUACGAGAUGAUUGCAGGCCAGUCGCCUUUCCAGCAGAGGAAGAAGAAGAUCAAGCGGGAGGAGGUGGAGCGGCUGGUGAAGGAGGUGCCUGAGGAGUACUCUGAGCGCUUUUCCCCACAGGCCCGCUCGCUCUGCUCCCAGCUCCUCUGCAAGGACCCUGCUGAGCGCCUGGGGUGUCGUGGGGGUGGUGCCCGCGAGGUGAAGGAGCACGCCCUCUUCAAGAAGCUGAACUUCAAGCGUCUGGGAGCUGGCAUGCAGGAGCCACCCUUCAAGCCUGAUCCCCAGGCCAUUUACUGCAAGGAUGUUCUGGACAUUGAACAGUUUUCCACAGUUAAGGGUGUGGAGCUAGAACCCACCGACCAGGACUUCUAUCAGAAGUUUGCCACGGGCAGUGUGCCCAUCCCCUGGCAGAAUGAGAUGGUGGAGACUGAAUGCUUCCAGGAGCUGAACGUUUUCGGGCUGGAUGGCUCGGUUCCCCCAGACCUAGACUGGAAGGGCCAGCCGCCUGCACCCCCCAAGAAAGGGCUGCUACAGAGACUCUUCAGUCGCCAGGAUUGCUGUGGGAACUGCAGCGACAGUGAGGAAGAGCUCCCUACCCGCCUCGAGCUCCCCACCCGCCUCUAGCCCCAAGCCCGAGGCCUACACCAGCGGUUGGCGGUAGCAGCUAUCAGAGCACUGUUUACAGUUUUGCACAGUGGUCUUCCCCAUUGUCCACUCAAGUCGUGGCCUGGGGAAUACAGCCGGAGCUGUCCCUGGUGUCCUCUGCCCCUCAGCCUCUGGUCUGGCUGGGUUUGGCAAGGCCUGGGCUGUCCCUGGGACAAAGGUGCGUCCCUUCAGCUCUUGUCUGUGGAGCUCGGGGCUUUCUGUAUUUAUGUAUUUGUAUGAAUGUAUAUAGCAACCAGAGUAUUCUUAAGACCCACCCUGGAGCUGGCAGAGGGGCCACUGCCAAACUCAAGGCUCCUCUGGCCUAGCUUGAAUGGGCCAAAGCUGGGCCAGGCCAGGCCGGGCCUCUGACCCCCAGCACUGUGCUCAGCACCACUGACUUCCAAGUGAGACUUGUGCCUGCUCUUGCUGCCCUGGGCUUAGGCCACCGCCUCUGGGGUCCGAUGCUGCCCUUCUCAGCACUUGUCAGAACUGGAUCUGGGGCCUCUGUAUCCCCUAGGCCUUUGCCAAAGUGUGACCCAAGAUUGGGCUGAUCCUGGGACCCCUCAGUCCACUGCCUAGGCUGUCCUAGACAGGUCUGCCUCUGCCUUCCAGCUCCCAGGGCACCUCAUUCCUUGUGCUGGGCCCUGUCCUGAGACACCUCUUGUAGAAACACCUGAGUCCAGACCAUGGGAAGGGGAAGGUGUCCCUGGCCAACCCUCAAAACAUUCCAGACUCCCCUCAUAACAAUACAUAUGUGCCCAGCAAUAAUCUGCCCCUCCCUGUGUGUGCCCGUGGGGUGUGUGCAUGUGCACGAGUGUGUGUGUGUGUGUGUGUGUGUAAGGGUAGGCUGAGGCUUUGUGCCUGUGCCCCAGGCCCCAGCCCUGGCUCUUUCCAGACUGUGAUGGCCAUCCUGAUCCCAGUGUUUAGGGUAGCACGGGAUAUGGGAUUACAGGGCCCUGGUUUUCCAUAUUUAAAGCCAAUUUUUAUUACUCAUUUUGUCCAUUGUAAGCUGCCACGUGUCUCUGUGUGAAUACAGUCCGAGGACAAACCUG